AUGUGGGUUAAACCUCAAGAGGUUUUUAUAAAGAGUGCACUGUGGGAUUGUGACGAGACAUCAUUAUAUUUUGUGCUGCAAAGGAGGAAAGGCCAUGGAAAAUCUAAAGGUCUAUCUUCGCUUUUAGUGGGUACUUUAGAUAGUGUGCGAGAUACAAAACCAGCGCCAUACAGAAUAUUACACCAGACACCAAAUUCUGAAAUUUAUUACGUGAUAGCAACAGCAUUAACGGAACAAGAAAUAAAACAAGACUGGCAAUGGUUAUUUGAGAAUGUUUGUCCUACCCUACACUCAUUUGAUACUGAAGAGGAAGUUACAGAAUUUGUUUGUUGUAAAAUAAAUUCUAUAAUUGCUACUGAACAAGACAAUUUUACUGAAGAUGAAGACACAAUUAAUUAUAAAAAUGUGGAUUAUGACUUUCACCAAAGAUUUGGAAUGCCCAAAGAUGAAAAACUUGUAUGCUACUACUCCUGCAGCUACUGGAAAGGAAAGAUGCCAAGACAGGGAUGGAUGUAUCUGUCAGUGCAUUACAUGUGCUUCUAUUCGUACAUAUUUGGCCGGAAUACAACCUUGAAAAUAAGAUGGGCGGAUGUCACGGAACUCGCGAAAACCAACAGCCUUCUCUUUCCCGACUCUAUUAAAGUUGUCACAAGAGACGGGGAGCAUCAUUUUACUAUGUUCUUGAAGAAAAACGAGACAUUCGCUUUGAUGCAACAGUUGGCUAACAUAGCAAUGAAACAGUUGAUAGAUGACAAGUCUGGCAGUUUUAAUAUAGACAAGGAAUUAUUAACAAAACUCAGUAAAAACGUACCAAAGAAAGCUUCCUUUUUAAAACGAGAUUUGGAUGCAAGGAAGCAAUCAAAUUUGUACACGUUACGAUUCCGGUUGCCUCAAACGGAGAAGUUGGAUGGUACCGAAGAGUGUACUUUGUGGACUCCUUAUAAUAAACGUCAUAACUAUGGACGAUUGUACUUGUCACAGAAUUUCAUUUGCUUCGAUAGUCGGGUAUCAAACUUAGUCCGUGUGACAAUACCACUCCGGAAUGUGUACCAAGUUGAGAAGGCAGAUUCUGGUGGGAUUGGAGGCUCUGGGGAGUCUGGGAGCAUUCUCAUCACCACGUCAUACCACACCAGCUUCCUGUUCGGCAACAUUGCGGAUCGAGACUUCCUUGUUCACAAGAUAUCGGAGCUGCUAGCUAAGUUACCCAAUGAUAUGUGCAGGGAAAAAGGGGUGAAGGCGGUGGCAGGGCGGGAGGAGGGGGAGUGGACACCCCAACCCCCCCUCAUGACGCUGUUCAAGACUCACCAGACGUCUUCCAUAAAGCAGAUACAACAGAAAAAGGAAAAGCAAUGGGAGGACCACAUGGCAGAAGUAGGCCGGGGGGUAAGCAUGUAUCGUACCACAGAAGGUAGCGAACUUGUAGUAAAAGGGAUUCCAGAGUCUUUGCGAGGUGAACUGUGGAGUGUGUUCUCCGGUUCCAUCCUGCAGAAGGUCCAGAACAAAGGGUUGUACGAGAGGCUGGUGAAGGAAGCACUGUCUUCCAAGAACCAGGCCAAUGAUGAGAUUGAGAGGGAUUUGCAUAGGUCACUGCCAGAACAUCCGGCUUUUCAGAAUGAUGUUGGUAUAUCAGCAUUACGGCGUGUUCUCUGCGCAUACGCACUUAAGAACCCCACUAUAGGGUACUGCCAAGCGAUGAACAUCGUAGCCUCUGUGCUUCUCAUAUACUGUCCUGAGGAACAGGCGUUCUGGCUGCUCGCUACUAUAUGCGAAACUCUCUUACCUGAUUAUUAUAAUACGAGGGUUGUGGGUGCUUUGGUGGACCAAGGAGUCCUAGAGGAACUGACUAAGUCCCAGCUCCCGGAUUUACACGCGAAAUUGGACGAGCUCGGGAUGAUGAAAAUGAUUUCGCUGUCAUGGUUCCUCACUCUCUUCAUCAGUGUGAUGCCGUAUGAGUGUGCUGUUAAUGUGAUGGAUUGCUUCUUUUAUGAUGGUGCUAAGGUUAUAUUUCAGGUGACAUUAACAAUUUUGGAUGUUAAUAAGGAUAAACUUUUGAAAUGCACAGAAGAUGGUCAAGCAAUGCAAAUACUUAGUGAAUAUUUGGAAGGGAUAUACAAUGACGAGGCUAUGGCGCUGUCUACUGAACCACGAACAGCACAGAAGACGAUAAAGAUCCAAGAUCUGGUGUACCAAUCGUACCGCAUGUACGGCGCGAACGUGAGCGGCGAGUGCAUAGAGCACCUGCGGCUGAAGCACCGGCUGCGAGUCGUGAGGCAGCUGGAGGAUAGCCUGGAGAAGAACACCCUGAGGGCGCUGCAGCAGGACCGGCUCCUGGAGCCGAAUGAGUUGCAAGAAUUAUUGAGCAUAAUUCGCGAAGAACUCUUUUGGGCCAAGCGUGUGCCGUCCGAACGACUAGAGGCCCCGUACGAAGCCUACCGUCUCGACUACGGACAGUUCAGAACUAUCUAUACUGCUCUUUCGCCUUGGGCUAAAGGAGACUAUGCGGAGGCUAUCACGGCGAGGAUAUUUAAGCUGAUGGACCACGACGACGACGGUUUGGUGAGCGCGCGCGGGCUGAGCGUGGGCGUGGGGCUGGGCACGCGCGCGGACGCCCAGCGGCGGCUGCGCGCGCUCUACUGCGCGCACGCGCCGCCGCUGCUCUCGCCGCUCGACCUGCGCCCCGCGCGCUUCACCGACACCGGCGAGGAGCUGGCCGCCGACGCGAUAUGCUUCUUCGAUACCGUCGAAAAUCCAUCCACGCCAGAGCCGCCUACGCUGCAGCGUUCAAUAAGCGAAGUGUGCAAUGAAACGAAUCAUAUGGAUAAGUCAUCAAGCAGCACUUGUAGCCAAGCAGAGAGCCAAUCGGCGGAGUGCGUGCGCGCGUGCGCGCUGUGGGGCCUCGCGAGCCAGUCGGCGGCGUGCACGCCAGUGUCGGGCGCGCCGCCGCCGGGCGCGGUCGCGCCGCGCCUGCCGCGCGCGCACUUCCUGCGGCUGCUGGCGGCGCUGCACGACCUCACGCAGCACUCGGCGCCGCUGUACGAGGCGACCGCGCGGGCUGGAACUUUGCUACUCCAGUUAGGCGAAUGGAACCAUCGGCCGAAUCUAGACCGUGAGAUGUCACAGGACAGCUUGUACAUGGCCGCCGCUGCUCAGCCGUCGGCCGCAGAACUGGACCCCAAUGGCAACACCACAGAAGCAGAGCCACCACGCUCCCCGUCCACAGAGAUUGACCCUACGGACAGUUGGUCCAUAACCCUGGAACAGUUCCUGGCUACCAUGCUCGCUGAACCAUCACUAGAGGAAUUCUUCAAUAAGCAAAUCUCAAUCAUGCCGCAGCUUGAAGCACUGAGGCAAAGGGACCGGUUGCAAUCUGUGUCAUAGCUGUAUGCUUGGAUGGGUUUUGGAAAUCAGACCUACAAAUAGAGCUGAGUUUUCCUAAGAGCCUUAUGAAGUACUACCUACAAGACCAGACUCAGAAAUAGAGCUGAGUUUUCCUAAAUGCUUUGUUCAGUGUAAAUUUGAACUAUGUAAAGAACCAAGUGGUCUAAAUGUUUUAUAGCACAUAUUCCUACUUAUUUUAUAACUAUUCACUAAUCUGAUUGUAUUAAUGAUAUUUAUUUAUCGAAAAUAAUAAAUCUGCUAUGGUAAAUAUUGAAAACAUCUGGAAAUAUCCAAUAGUAAUAUUUGUAUAUGUUAUGGGUUCUUUUAUGUAAAAUUAUAAAUUGCCUAGCAUGGUUAGAUUUGUUUGAGUCGUGAUCAAUAAACAUAUUCCAAUACGAAACAUUUUAAAUUAAUAUGUAUUAAACAUGUAUAUACAUACACAUAUUAAACAUAUAGAAAUUAAACAAAUUUAUUUUAUCCCACACAUAGGAUAAAUUCAACUUACAUUGUGUUUUACAGAUCAGAUAUAGUGUUGUUUCUUAAUAAAGGCCAUGUGAUUAAAUUUAAACUAUGUAUAAUUAUAAUACAGUUCGGUUACAAAAUUUAUUUUAAAUGCCGUAUAUAUGCGUUUGUUAUAUAUCCUAGGAACAUUGCCCAACUGCAGUGUCUAAACUUUAGACUCUAAAAUUAUAACACACAAUGCUAUUUAGUUCCGUAGCUUCUUUUACGUUUCGACGUUUCGGCGUCCGUUACAAUACAACCAUACUAAAGGAAGACUAUAAUUUUCAGCCCAUGACC